CUUAAAGAUGUUGCUAAAGAUCGCCGUAUUAGGCUUCUGCCUACUCUCAGCUCCAAUGCAAUGCAUCAAAAUUGGCGUCUCGAAGAGCGACAACAACAGCGAUGCAACAACACCACUGACGACAACAACAACAACAACUACAACAGAGUUUCUAGCAACAACAAUUGCAACUAUAAACGAUGUGGAAAUCAAUAGCACUGGCAGCUCCUUGCCAGACGCGGCGAGCACUCCCAGUCAGACCUUUCCGCCAAGACGCAAAACAUCUAAGCCACGGCCAACUCCAAAGCCCACCAAGCGCUUAACGACGCCAGCAACAACAGCUGCUGCUGCUGCUGCUGUUCCAACAGCAAACACCUUGGAUGCCAGUACAUCGCCGGCCACUGCGUCUCAUCGUAAGGACACUCGCCUUUAUUACUGCGCCUGUGACUUGCAGGACGAGCUGUGUGAAGUCAACUGCUGCUGCGAUCGCGACUGCUCGCAGGAGUCGCUGCAGGUCUUCAGCUGUCUGCCCGAGCAGCACACGCGCCUGGAGGACUUUCAGUACAAUCAUGGACUGCCCACGUGCCAGAUCAGCGACGGCUGGCUCUGCGUCUUUCGCAGCCACACGAAGCCAGCCAAAAUGAAGACGGCAAGCAACAUCUUCGAUGCAAAGGACUACAAUAGAUGGCCAGAACAGUUGGAUGCAUUUGAGACGCCGUUGCCAGCCACACAGACGACAUCGCACUACAAAUUCGGACAAGCGCUGCAGCUGUGGCAGCCCGAGCGCAAAGAGUUGGCCAGCUGGGAGCUGCCCCUGGCCUACGAGAGCGCCAGCUGCCAGUUGCAGCAAACCUUGCUCUAUCUGCAGCCAGUGCAGAGCAGCUGCCUCAUUGGCGAUGCUUCGCAAUUGCAAAUGCAUCUCUGGAGCCUGCUCAAUGUGACCAGCAGCUAUCAGUUGCUGUCGCGGCCCAGAGAGCCGGAGGAACAGCAGGUGCAUGGCCUCAGCAUACAAAUUUGCCAGCAGCUGCUGCUCCAGCCCAACAUACAAUGUUCCGAGGCCAAUGACACGCAAGUGGAUCUCAUGGUGGACAGCAUUGAGCUGCAAUUGCUGCACAACUAUACACAUAUUUUGGCCGCAAAGCUGCUGCUAAGGGAGGCCAUUGUGGGUGAUGACACUGCGGAGCUGUGGCUGAGCUAUGCGCUCGUCUACAAGUCUGUUCAUGAACCCAAGACGAAGCCCAGCUCUGGCUCGCUUGGCUAUGAGCUGGGUGCGCCCAUUCUGCUAGCCAUGCUGCAAGGGGACAACAGCAGCAAGGCGCAGCAGCCGCAGCAGCUGCUGAACUACUUUCGGACUGGCAAUGCCAGCCAAAUCAAUCAGCACUGGUUGAUGCCAUGCACUGCCAGCGUGGAGCAGCGCCAUGCCGUCAGCUUUGGCAUUGAUCUGACCAAGCAGUGUCAGUUGAGGCAGCUCACACCUGUGCCGCAGCAUGACAAUCACACGGACUACUGCCAGCAGCUGCAGCGGGACAUUUGGCGCCAACUGUUGCCCUACGAUUGCACGCAGCUGGAUCAAGUGGCGCAGACGUUCGUCUCCCAGCUGGGCAGACCGCAGCUGGACAAGUGGCUGCCACUGCAGCUCAGCUAUGUCGACGGUCAGCUUCAGCAGCCACCCAUUCAGGCCAUCUACGACGCGCAGCAGCAAAGCCUGAGCUGCCGCAAUAUGUUGCUCAGCGUCAGCUAUGAGUUCUAUGUAUCAGAAUUGACGCUGCUCGAGGGACAGGUGCCGCAUCAGAGCGUGUUGCAGCAUGCGCGGCUAGUGCUGGGACAGCGCCAUGAUCUCGAGUUCGAUGCGGCCGAACAGCAAGUGCAGCUGCCCCUAGCCGUGUCCGUGAUGUUCUUCAAGGCGCAGAAUAAGCUGCAAAACAACUCGAAUAAUUUAACCAUCGACUGUUGCUUGCUUUUGAUAUCUUUUGUAAUUCUAAUGAUUGCAGCUCACAGUUCCCCGCUCAGCUAGUCAGACCAAAGCAGAACCUAAUGUUUAUAGUAAAGCUAUUCCAAAAAGCUGUUCCAAAAACUAAGAUUAAAUAUGAAAAAUUGUACACGAUUUACUCUUAAAGCAAUAUAUCUUAAACAAGACUCAAAUAUACAACAAAAUUUAAAUACCUUAACUACAUAAAUA